UUUAUUUUAAUUUUUUACACCUUAGUUUGACUUGUAGGGAUAACACCGCACACAUCUAUGAUAUAAAUUGAAGUUAGCCGACCGUUGUAUUCUUUCUUGUAGAUAUAUAUAUAUAUAUAUGUACAAUGUUCAUGUGUUAAGGGAAAAUGUGUUUGUGACGCAUUUCACUUAAGAAAGGCAAAUUCAUAGCAGUUACCAUAUAUCUUAUGGUGAAAGUUUAAAAACUUCCCGUAUCUACACACUGCGACGCUUGUAGGCUUCCCAGAAGACUUUCUAGCUCCUUAACCGUUCUCAAUGUAAAAUAUGGAAGAAAAGUAAGUCCGGACAGACUUAAAGCUGUCACUUUAACUAACAUGCAGGCAGUAAAAUGGACCUAGUUGAGCCAUUAGAGUGCCAUCUCAGAUGAUAUUCUGGCGUAUUAAUCGUCAAGAAAAAUUUGGAAUCGAACCCCAGAAUGUAUUAGUAUUUUACAGACAAGUAAUUAAAUGCCAAACGAAGUAUAGCUGUGAAAAAAGCAGAGAAAGAUUGUAUAGUUACUUUUACAAGAGUGAAAUAUGUUGCCAGCAGGCGUCUAUGAAGAUUGAAAGGCCGAAACCUACCCCAUCUCCGAUACCUGAUAGCCGCUCGACCCUUUUGAAGCUUAGAGAUUUACAGGCAAAAUGAAGACAGUUACUGUUUACUUUUGAACAAUUCAUCAAACUCAUGUAAUAAUAUAAACAAUUUUCUCUAAAUCGUUAAAGACUUCGAAAAUAUUACAAAAGACCGUCAUAAUGCAAUUUCUUUAGCUUUGCACCGUUCAAACACAUGUCACAUCAUAAUUAUAAAAGAAGUUGCCACGUUAUAUCGUCAGAGUUUGUGCAGGCAUUGAGAACAACACGAAAAUACGUAAUGAAAUAUUCCAUAUUUAUAUUCUUCGUUCCUUUCCAUGCUAGGAUAUUGGCGCUUUACAAAGAUUGCAUUGGAGAAGCAAGACAUAGUUGUUCUCGAUUUGCACACCCUGAACAGACCGCAUUAUUCUGCAUGAGAUACCAAAUGUUAUGGAAAUGUUUCCAUAAGAUAGACCCAUAUUGUAUGGAGCAAUUCAAAUUCAUGUAUAUUCAUAAGUGUAUGAUUCCAAAGGCUGCGGAAAAACUGAAAAAAAGCUCUGGCAACACUGUUGGGAUAAGCACUGCGUUUCUGCUGCCACUGUGUCUUCAGUAUAUAACUACAGCUGCAACAAAUGAAGGAUAUGCCGUUGAAACAUUUCUAUAAUAAUCACAGCUAUUAUUUUGCUAUAUAUUGAACAUUUUCAAUGAAAUUACAAUAGCUGUACCAAAAACCAAACAAAACAUACUGCAAAUCAUCUACGACAUAAAAAAGACAUUUGCAGUAGCAGCACAGUGUAAUUUCAUUGAUACAGUUGUAUUACACAUGAAUGUGGGAUUUCCAUGGAUAUUAUACAUUGCCAUGGAAUAUAUUAGAAGUAUUGACAGUGACAAACAUGUAAUAUAUACAUGCAAUAUAUACCUAAUAUACGUAGCAACGUAUUUGGAGUAUUGUACACUCUACAGUAGUAGAUUAAGGGAGUGUUUUAAGGCAACAAAUAUAGAAAAUUGAAUAAAGAUUUUGUUGCAGUUUCAAAAAUGUUAUUAGUAGAUUAACUUGCAUUAUACAUAGAAUAUAGCAGUAUUGAUUUCAAUUACAAUUACGAUUAGAAUGUGGUGCUACAUUCAUAUUAGAGACACGGUAGCAUUAUUCCAUGCCGUAAUAUUUUGAAUGUAUUUCAAUGACUUGUAUACCCUUUUAAUAAGAAAUAUAUAAUUGUGAUGGUUUAUAUAUACGUUGCUAAUAAAUGUGUUAGCAAUGAAAUUUUCAAUGACAAUACUGAUUAUUAUGCGAAAGCAUUCGAAAAGACGAUAUUAGGUAAUUAUCUCCGAAUGAACAAGGAUCCCAAAGCAUCAUGCUCGGUAAUUCCCAUAGAAAGAGAAAUAGUUGUAAGACACUGUAUAGCCCCAGAUAUGUUAAAAAAACUGUACGUAUACAAACAAAACGUCUCCGUAAUGUAAUUAAAACAUAUUCAGGAACAACUUAUAUGGUAAAUAUAUAUACAAUACAAGAGUAGCAAAGUAAAAUAGCCUAACUAAUUUAUCUUAAAUAUUCUUCGAUAUAAAAUUUCGAAUAAAAAACUUUACUUCCACUUAUAAUUCAAGAGCCAAUCUUUGUUUUCAACUGCUGCUGUGGCACUAUUACUUACAUACAUAUAAGAGCAUAUUAUGCUAGAAGUAUAUAUAUGUAUUAUUUUGAAGAAGUUAUGCGAUGAAUAUAUCUUUGUGAAAUUUCA